GUAUCAUAUAAAAAAGGCAGGUAGCGUGCUAUCUUUUUCCCUGGACGCUCAUUUUACAGGCAAACCGAAAAAUCCCAGCUCUUCUUCUCUGCAGGCGAUAGGUAAAUUUGUCUGUUCUUAAACACUCCACAAUGUCAGACGGUCACGAGACUGAUAAGAACAUUGAAAUUUGGAAGAUUAAGAAGCUUAUCAAAGCACUGGAAGCUGCCCGAGGUAAUGGCACAAGCAUGAUUUCCCUUAUCAUGCCUCCUCGUGAUCAGGUUUCUCGUGUCACUAAGAUGCUUGGAGAUGAGUUUGGAACUGCUUCAAACAUUAAGAGCAGGGUCAAUCGUCAAUCAGUGCUGGGUGCCAUUACAUCUGCUCAGCAAAGGCUCAAACUUUACAACAAGGUUCCUCCCAAUGGGCUUGUGCUUUACACCGGAACAAUUGUAACUGAAGAUGGGAAGGAAAAGAAAGUAACUAUUGACUUUGAGCCUUUCAGGCCCAUAAAUGCGUCUCUUUACCUCUGUGACAACAAAUUUCACACAGAAGCUCUGAAUGAACUCUUGGAAUCUGAUGACAAGUUCGGCUUUAUUGUCAUGGACGGGAAUGGAACACUUUUUGGGACACUGAGUGGCAACACCAGAGAAGUGCUGCAUAAGUUUACCGUUGACCUUCCUAAGAAGCACGGGAGAGGAGGACAGUCUGCUCUUCGAUUUGCUCGACUUCGAAUGGAGAAGCGCCACAACUAUGUGAGAAAGACAGCAGAACUUGCCACCCAGUUCUAUAUCAAUCCUGCCACCAGCCACCCUAAUGUUUCGGGGUUGAUACUUGCUGGAUCAGCUGACUUCAAGACUGAGCUGAGUCAAUCAGAUAUGUUUGAUCCUCGGCUUCAGGCAAAGAUUCUGAAUGUUGUUGAUGUUUCCUAUGGAGGAGAGAAUGGUUUUAAUCAGGCAAUCGAGCUGUCAGCGGAAAUUCUUUCCAAUGUGAAAUUUAUACAGGAGAAGCGCUUGAUAGGAAAGUACUUUGAAGAGAUAAGUCAGGAUACUGGGAAAUAUGUUUUUGGUGUAGAUGACACACUGAAAGCUUUAGAAAUGGGUGCUGUUGAAACUUUAAUUGUGUGGGAAAGUUUGGAUAUUAAUAGGUACCAGUUGAAAAACUCUGCCACUGGUGAAGUUACCAUAAAACAUUGGAAUAAGGAGCAGGAAUCCAACCAGGGCAACUUUAGGGAUUCAGUAACCAACGCUGAAUUGGAAGUUCUGGAUAAGUCGCCACUGCUGGAGUGGUUUGCUAAUGAGUACAAGCGGUUUGGUUGCUCUCUAGAGUUUGUUACUAACAAAUCACAAGAAGGAUCCCAGUUUUGUAGAGGGUUUGGCGGGAUUGGUGGGAUCCUCCGUUACCAGCUUGAUAUGAGAUCAUUUGAUGAGCUUUCAGAUGAAGAUGUUUAUGAUGAUUCUGAAUAGCAAUCAGCCAACUCCACCCCAUUGCUGGUGCAGGAAAAUGGGGCUAAAGAGCCUGCACCAGCACGCGCUGCGCCGCGCUCGACUUUGCCCAAUGCUCAGAAAACUUUGUUAAAGAUCUAAUCAAGGGGACUGAUAUUUCCAAGUUAAAAAAAGCUUAAUGUGGUGAUGAUGCUUGCUUUGUGUCAUGGAGCUGCAUUUUUUCUGGAGAAUGUAUCAUGUUCUUGGCUUGCUCUGGAGUCUGAGAUGUUGCAGAACCAACUUGGUUGGUGAGAGUGGAUGAGACUGCAGAUAUCCGCAUAGAACACCACGGUUGUGUUUUUUAUGAUUAUAUACUUUGCAUUUUUAAAAAAACUUAAGGUUUGUUUGUCUUUAACAAGUUUUAAAACUUAUGUGAGAUUGGAGAUGCCUAUAUUGUUACCUUAACUCUUGGUUGUCUUAAUCUUCUACUAUUAUAAUUA